AUGGACAGUCAGUUCCCUCACCAACAUACCUUAACUCCGGAAAACUAUCCAAACACUGGCUUAGGCGAUCAUAACUAUUGUCGAAAUCCUGAUGGUUGGCAUACAGUUUGGUGUUACACAACCGAUCCUGAUGUAGUGUGGCAUGACUGUGAUAUUGGACAACCAAGUGAAACAUGUGACGAAACCACAAGUGCAGCUCCUGUUAUUAGAUCUACACAACGUAUAGAUGAGUAUACGUCUUCAUUACCAAAUAUACGAACAAUUAAACACAUAACAGAGCCUAAUCACGGUUCACGUGAAUGCUAUAGAGAUCAUCGUGGACGUGACUAUCGGGGAACUCUACAUGUUACACUUCACGGUGAAGUUUGUCAGAAAUGGACAGACCAGUUCCCUCACCAACAUACAGUAACUCCUGAAAACUAUCCAAACACUGGCUUAGGAGAUCAUAACUAUUGUCGAAAUCCUGAUGGUUGGCAUACAGCUUGGUGUUAUACAACCGAUCCUGAUGUAGUAUGGCAUGACUGUGAUAUUGGUCCACCAAAUGAUGCGUGUGUUAAUGAAAUUGGUUUGACUGUCUACUAUAAUAUAGGUACCAUCACAACUACAGCUCCUAUUGUGAGAUCUACAGUAAAUAUAGGUGAACAUACUACUGCAGCGACACAGUCAAUAAGAAUUAAAUCAGUAACAGAACAUGGUUCAAGUGAAUGUUAUAGAGAUCAUCGAGGCCGUGACUAUCGGGGCACUGUACAUGUUACAGAUCACGGUGAAGUUUGUCAGAAAUGGACAGACCAAUUCCCUCACCAACAUGCAGUAACUCCGGAAAACUAUCCAAACACUGGCUUAGGAGAUCAUAACUAUUGUCGAAAUCCUGAUGGUUGGCAUACAGCUUGGUGUUACACAACCGAUCCUAAUGUAGUAUGGCAUGACUGUGAUAUUGGCCCACCAAAUGCAAAUUGUGAUGUAACCACAUCAACCGUGUCAGGUUCUGGUACAACGAACUAUGUAAAUGAAGCCUCUGCGUCAUUAUCGUAUGUAACGACACAAGAAACACGGACGGUAGACACCCAAGAAAGAUCCACAGAACCCAUGGCGACAAGUGAAAAAGAGCAAACACCAAUUCAUUCUUUCACGCCAUCUCUGUCAACAAUAAACGAAUACACGACCAUGCCAGUUCCAACGGUGCCACAUUUAGCAACUACUAAUGUGAAACCAAUCUCACCGGCAACGUUUACUAACAAACAAGAAAGUACAGCAGACUCCAUGACGACAAGUGAAAAAGAGCAAACACCAAUUCCCACUAUCACACCAUUUCUGACAAAGAUAAACGAAUACACAACCAUGCCAGUUCCAACGGUGCCGCAUUCAGCAUCCACUGACAUGAAACCUAUCACACCGGCAACGUUGACUAAUAAACAAGAAAGUACAGCAGAAUCCAUGACGACAAGUGAAAAUGAGCAAACACCAAUUCCCACUAUUACACCAUUUCUGACAAAGAUAAACGAAUACACGAUCAUGCCAGCAACUACCUCGCAGCAUAUUACACCAGAAGAAAAUAAACAAACUAACAUUCCCGUCACUACUUCAUCCGCAAAUGUACUCACAACUGUGUCAGAUACAAGUGAGUGUUACACAGACAUAAACGGACGUGAUUAUCGCGGAACUGUACAUGUUACACAUCACGGUGAAGUUUGUCAGAAAUGGACAUCCCAGUUCCCUCACCAACAUGCAGUAACUCCGGAAAACUAUCCUAACACUGGCCUAGGAGAUCAUAAUUAUUGUCGAAAUCCUGAUGGUUGGCACACAGCUUGGUGUUACACAACCGAUUUUGAUGUAGUAUGGCAUGACUGUGAUAUUGGUCCAAUGAAAGACAAUUGUGACGUCAUCACAACUACGACUCCUGUCGUCCGAUCUACAAUACAAAUAGGUGACCUGACUUCCACUUUACCUGAGUUAACAUCAAUCAAUACAACCAUCGACAAUCAAGGUUCGAAUGAUUGCUAUACACAAGCUGAUGGUAGCGAUUAUCGAGGGAAUGAGAACGCGACUCGACACGGAGAUAUUUGUCAAAAGUGGACAGAUCAAUCACCACAUCAUCACAUCAGAACACCAACAAACUAUCCUAACGCCGGUCUCGGAGAUCAUAAUUAUUGCAGAAAUCCAGAUGGGAAAGUUAAACCCUGGUGUUAUACCACCAAUCAUUUAAUACGAUGGAGAUACUGUGAUGUUGGUGAGCCUGUUGGAACGUGUGGUACAACGUCACAACCGCAUUAUACUACCGAGGAGCACACUGUGACAGUAUUAGAGGCUACUAUACAAACUGAAGGUAUUCCAGCUACCACUGCUGAACCUAAAUUAACGACUGAAGGUACAACGUCACAACCGCAUUAUACAACUGAGCAACAAACUUUGACAGUAACAGAGGCUACUAUACAAACCGAAGAUACAACAACGCAGAUAUUGCCAACGUUUCAGCAAACCACCGAGCUACAAUUGACGACAAUACAAGAGAUUACUGAACGAACCAACGAGAUGACUACACACUAUAUGGUGAUCAGUGAAGAAGGACAGUCACCAACGUUAACCACAGCACCGUUUCGGCCAACCACGAACGAACAAACUACUUCACCAGGUGAGGAGGAGUGUUACACCGACCCCAAUGGCCUCGAUUAUCGAGGAUCUGAGAAUAUGACGUCCACUGGCGACGAGUGUGAGAAGUGGACAUCAUUGACGGCAGCACAUUAUAGUAUUACACCAUCAAAUUAUCCUAAUACAGGACUCGGUGAUCAUAAUUACUGUCGAAAUCCAGACGGAAAAGAUGGACCUUGGUGUUUCACUAAUCAGUUUACCUAUCAUUUCCACAAUAAUCAGUAUCACCAUCAUCACACUGGGAACUAUACAUGGAGUUACUGUAAUGUUGGUAAUGCAAGUAGUAACUGUGAGUUAACCACGCAAUACAUGAUGACUAGUGAAGAAGAAAAAUCGCCAACUUUAACAACCACGCCAGUUAUACCAACGACGAAUGAAUAUUCAAUUUUACCAGGUGCCCUUUACAUUGAUGUAAACUGUGAUCGAUACUAUGUUAUGUCGGAUAAACGAAAGUGGCACGCAUCUAAAUCUCAAUGUGAACUUAUCGGCGGAGUGCUGGCAUCUUUACACACGAAACCGAUUUUCGAUGCAGUGCGUCAGUUUAUCGUGAAUAGUGGUUUUGCUAACGGUAUUCGUGGGUAUUGGAUUGGACUUAAUGAUAUAACAGCAGAAGGGGUCUAUCAGUGGUUGAAUGGUGAAACCUUUGGAUGGACAGCAUGGGCUUCAGGCGAACCAAACAAUAAUAAUAGGUCCAAUACCAAUGGGCAAGACUGUGUACAGUUAUGGAAACGAAGAAACUAUGAGUGGGAUGAUAACAACUGCCGGAGAAAACGGGCAUAUAUAUGCCAAACACAUAUUAUAGAUUGUAAUAUUUCCACGGCAAUUCCACUAACAACACAACCAGUAACGACACAAUCCAUAUCUACUAAAGAACCAACAAAGACUAUUGAUACUACAAGUAUAAUACCUCAAACUACCAAUGUACUUACAACUGCACAAGUUACGACACCUUUCCUUUCAACUGAAGAACCAACAACGAACAUUGUUACUACUACGUCAGAACCUAUAACUACAAAUGUACCCACAACUGAAUCAGGCAGCACACCUAUUUCUACCGAGGAAGUAAGAACUAACACUGUCACUACCAGUCCAACAACAACAACUGAGCAAGGGUCGCCAUACACUGAUGUAAACUGUGACAGAUACAGCGUGGAUACCGAAAAAAGGACCUGGCAUGCAUCUAAAAGUCAAUGUGAGUCACUGGGUGGAGUUCUGGCUUCAUUGCAUACUCAGUCAGUUUUCCAAAACGUUCGGACAUUUAUCAUGAACGGUAAUUUCGAUAACGGUGUGCGUGGGUAUUGGAUAGGGCUUAAUGACCUGUCUACAGAAGGUUCAUUUGAAUGGUUAAAUGGAGAUGUAUUUGGAUGGACAGCGUGGGCAAAGGGAGAGCCAAAUAAUAAAGUACAACAAUCCGUAGAAGGACAAGACUGUGUACAAGUGUGGAAGAGACGCGCAUACAAGUGGGAUGAUAACAACUGCAAUGCAAAACGUGGAUAUAUAUGCCAAACACCAAUCCUAACUACACAAAUCAUUUCCACUGAAGAAGCAACAACUACUACUGUCACUGCCAGUUUAGCACCUCCAACUACGAAUAUACUUACAACUAAACAAGGUACCACACAAUCGAUUUCCACUGAAGAAUCACCGACGACAAUUGUCACAUCAGCACUACCAACUACAGAGGUAAUCACAACGAAGCCAGUUUCUACACAGCCCAUUUCCACUGACGAGCCGACAACGAAUAUUGUCACCACUACGUCUGUCCCACCAAGUACGAACGUAAACACAACGAAGCCAGGUACCACAAAUUCAAUUUCCACUGAAGAGUCACCGACGACCAUUUUCACAUCAGCACUACCAACUACAGAGGUAAUCACAACGAAACCAGGCAGUACACCUAUUUCUACUGAGCAAGUAAGAACUAACAUUGUCACUACCGGUCCAGCUAUUAUAUCGACCAAAGAACCAUCAACGACCAUUUUUACUACUACUUCAGAACCACUAACGAGAAAUGUACUCACAACUGAACCAGUUACUACACAGCCCAUUUCCACUGAAGAGCCGACACCGAACGUUGUCACCACUACUUUAGUCCCACUAACUACAAACGUCCACACAAAGAAGCCAGUAACGUCACAAUCUUUAUCCACUAAAGAACCAACAACUACCAUUGAUACUACCAGUCCAAUACUUCCAACAACAAAUAUACUUGCAACUGUAGAAGUUACAACAUCUUUCCUUUCAACUGAAGAACCAACAACGACCAUUGUUACUACUACAUCAGAGCCACUAACUACAAAUUUACUCACAACUAAAUCAGGCAGUACACCUAUUUCUCCCGAGCAAGUAAGGACUAACAUUAUCACUGCCAAUCCAACUACUAUAUCGACCAAAGAACCAACAACGACUAUUUUUACUACCACUUCAGAACCACAAUCUACAAAUGUACUCACAAGUGAACCAGUUUCUACACAGCCCAUUUCCACUGAAGAGCCGACAACGAACAUUGUCACCUGUACAUCUGUCCCUCCAACUACGAACGUAAACACAACGAAGCCAGUAACGACACAAUCCAUGUCCACUGAGAUACCAACAACGACAAUUGAUACCACAAGUCCAAUACCUCCAACUAUAAAUAUACUUACAACUGAACAAGUUACGAAACCUUUCCUUUCAACUGAAGAACCAGCAACUACCAUUGUUACUACUACUUCAGAACUUAUAACUACAAAUGUACCCACAACUGAAUCAGGCACUACAUCUAUUCCUACCGAGGAAGUAAGAACUAACACUGUCACUGCCAGUCCAACAACUACAACUGAGCAAGGAAUUACAUCACAUAAAACCACUGGAGAACCAAUGGCGACCAUUAUAUCUACCAUGCCACCAACAACAAGUGAAGUCACAACACAGCCAGGGUUGCCAUACAUUGAUGUAAACUGCGACAGAUACAGCGUGGGUACCGAAAAAAGGACGUGGCAUGCAUCUAAAAGCCAAUGUGAGUUCAUGGGUGGGGUGCUGGCUUCAUUGCAUACUCAGUCAGUUUUCCAAAACGUUCGGACAUUUAUCAUGAAUGGUAAUUUCGAUAAUGGCGUGCGUGGGUAUUGGAUAGGGCUUAAUGACCUGUCUACAGAAGGUACAUUUGAAUGGUUAAAUGGAGAUGUAUUUGGGUGGACAGCGUGGGCAAAAGGAGAGCCAAAUAAUAAAGUACAACAAUCCGGAGAAGGACAAGACUGCGUACAAGUGUGGAAGAAACGCGCAUACAAGUGGGAUGAUAACAACUGCAAUGCAAAGAGAGGAUAUAUAUGCCAAACACCAAUCCCUGGCUGCUUCGUUUCCACGGAAGUAGCACCAAUCACAACGAAUAGUGGUUCUACUGAGUCAGGUACCACAAAUUCCAUUUCCACUGAAGAGUCACCGACGACCAUUGUCACAUCAGCACUACCAACUACAGAGGUAAUCACAACGAAACCAGGCAGUACACCUAUUUCUACUGAGCAAGUAAGAACUAACAUUGUCACUACCGGUCCAGCUACUAUAUCGACCAAAGAACCAUCAACGACCAUUUUUACUACUACUUCAGAACCACUAACGAGAAAUGUACUCACAACUGAACCAGUAACGUCACAAUCUUUAUCCACUAAAGAACCAACAACUACCAUUGAUACUACCAGUCCAAUACUUCCAACAACAAAUAUACUUACAACUGUAGAAGUUACACCAUCUUUCCUUUCAACUGAAGAACCAACAACGACCAUUGUUACUACUACAUCAGAACCACUAACUACAAAUUUACUCACAACUAAAUCAGGCAGUACACCUAUUUCUCCCGAGCAAGUAAGGACUAACAUUAUCACUGCCAAUCCAACUACUAUAUCGACCAAAGAACCAGCAACGACUAUUUUUACUACCACUUCAGAACCACUAUCUACAAAUGUACUCACAAGUGAACCAGUUACUACACAGCCCAUUUCCACUGAAGAGCCAACAACGAUAAUUGUCACCACUACGUCUGUCCCUCCAACUACGAACGUAAACACAACGAAGCCAGUAACCACACAAUCCAUGUCCACUAAGAUACCAACAACGACAAUUGAUACCACAAGUCCAAUACCUCCAACUAUAAAUAUACUUACAACUAAACAAGGCACUACAUCUAUUCAUACCGAGGAAGUAAGAACUAACACUGUCACUGCCAGUCCAAGAACUACAACUGAGCAAGGAAUUACAUCACAUAAAACCACUGGAGAACCAAUGGCGACCAUUAUAUCUACCAUGCCACCAACAACAAGUGAAGUCACAACACAGCCAGGGUCGCCAUACAUUGAUGUAAACUGCAACAGAUACAGCGUGGGUACCGAAAAAAGGACGUGGCAUGCAUCUAAAAGCCAAUGUGAGUUCAUGGGUGGGGUGCUGGCUUCAUUGCAUACUCAGUCAGUUUUCCAAAACGUUCGGACAUUUAUCAUGAACGGUAAUUUCGAUAACGGUGUGCGUGGGUAUUGGAUAGGGCUUAAUGACCUGUCUACAGAAGGUACAUUUGAAUGGUUAAAUGGAGAUGUAUUUGGGUGGACAGCGUGGGCAAAAGGAGAGCCAAAUAAUAAAGUACAACAAUCCGGAGAAGGACAAGACUGCGUACAAGUGUGGAAGAAACGCGCAUACAAGUGGGAUGAUAACAACUGCAAUGCAAAGAGAGGAUAUAUAUGCCAAACACCAAUCCCUGGCUGCUUCGUUUCCACGGAAGUAGCACCAAUCACAACGAAUAGUGGUUCUACUGAGUCAGGUACCACAAAUUCAAUUUCCACUGAAGAGUCACCGACGACCAUUUUCACAUCAGCACUACCAACUACAGAGGUAAUCACAACGAAACCAGGCAGUACACCUAUUUCUACUGAGCAAGUAAGAACUAACAUUGUCACUACCGGUCCAGCUACUAUAUCGACCAAAGAACCAUCAACGACCAUUUUUACUACUACUUCAGAACCACUAACGAGAAAUGUACUCACAACUGAACCAGUUACUACACAGCCCAUUUCCACUGAAGAGCCGACACCGAACGUUGUCACCACUACUUUAGUCCCACUAACUACAAACGUCCACACAAAGAAGCCAGUUACAUCAUCUUUCCUUUCAACUGAAGAACCAACAACGACCAUUGUUACAACUACAUCAGAACCACUAACUACAAAUUUACUCACAACUAAAUCAGGCAGUACACCUAUUUCUCCCGAGCAAGUAAGGACUAACAUUAUCACUGCCAAUCCAACUACUAUAUCGACCAAAGAACCAGCAACGACUAUUUUUACUACCACUUCAGAACCACUAUCUACAAAUGUAAUCACAAGUGAACCAGUUACUACACAGCCCAUUUCCUCUGAAGAGCCAACAACGAUAAUUGUCACCACUACUUUAGUCCCAACAACUGCAAAUGUACACUCAAUGAAACCAGUAACGACACAAUCCAUAUCCACUAAAGAACCAAGAACGACCAUUGAUAGUACCAGUCGAAUACCUCCAACUACAAAUAUGCUAACAACUGAACAAGGUACCACACAAUCCAUUUCCACUGAAGAAUCAACGACGAACAUUGUCACACCAGCACUACCAAAUACAGAAGUAAUCACAAUGAAGCCAGUUACUACACAGCGCAUUUCCACUGAAGAGCCUACAACGAAUAGUGUUUCCUCUACUUCAGUCCUACCAACUACUAAUGUACACUCAACGAAGCCAGUAACGACACAAUCCAUAACCACUGAAGAGCCAACAACGACCAUUGAUACUACCAGUCCAAUACCUCCAACUACAAAUAAACUUACAACUGAGCAAGAAACUACACCACAUAAAACAACAGGAGAACAAACAGCGACUAUUAUAUCCACUAACAUGCCACCAACUACAAAUGAAGUCACAAUUCAGCCAGGAUUGCUAUACAUUGAUGUAAACUGUGACAGAUACAACGUGGUUACCGAAAAAAGGACAUGGCAUGCAUCUAAAAGCCAUUGUGAAUCCAUGGGCGGAGUGCUGGCUUCAUUGCAUACUCAGUCAGUUUUCCAAAACGUUCGGACAUUUAUCAUGAAUAGUAAUUUCGAUAAUGACGUGCGUGGGUAUUGGAUAGGACUUAAUGACCUGUCUACGGAAGGCUCAUUUGAAUGGUUAAAUGGAGAUGUAUUUGGAUGGACAGCAUGGGCGAAAGGACAGCCAAAUAGUAACGUUCAACAAUCCGUGCAAGGACAAGACUGUGUACAAGUGUGGAAACAACGCGCAUAUAAGUGGGAUGAUAACAACUGCAAUGCAAAGAGAGGAUAUAUAUGCCAAACACCAAUCACUGGCUGUUCCGUUUCAACAGAAGUAGCACCAAUCACAACGAGUAGUGAUUCUACUGAGUCAGUAACUACACAAAUCAUUUCCACUGAAAAACCAACAACUACUGUCACUGCCAGUUCAGCACCUCCAACUACAAAUAUGCUUACAACUGAACAAGGUACCACACAAUCGAUUUCCACUGAAGAAUCACCGACGACAAUUGUCACAUCAGCACUACCAACUACAGAGGUAAUCACAAUAAAGCCAGUUACUACACAGCCCAUUUCCACUGAAGAGCCGACAACGAGCAUUGUCACCACUACUUUAGUCCCACCAACUACGAACGUACACACAACGAAGUCAGUAACGACACAAUCCAUAACCACUGAAGAGCCAACAACGACCAUUAAUACUACCAGUCCAAUACCUCCAACAACAAAUAUACUUACAACUGAACAAGGCAAUACACCUAAUUCUACCGAAGAACUAAAAACUAACAUUGUCACUUCCAGUUUAACAACUACAACUGAGCAAGUUACGACAACUUUCCUUUCAACUGAACAACCAACAACUACCACUGUUACAACUACUUCAGUCCCACCAACUAAAAAUGUGCUGACAACUGAAUCAGGAACGCCACAUAUUGAUGUCAACUGUGACAGAUAUAACGUGAUUUCCGACAAACGGACGUGGCAUGCAGCUAAAGAUCAUUGUGAGUCAAUUGGAGGAGUGCUGGCUUCAUUACAUACUCAGUCGGUAUUCCAAAACGUUCGGACAUUUAUCAUGAAUAGUAAUUUCGAUAACGGUGUGCGUGGGUAUUGGAUAGGGCUUAAUGACCUGUCUACUGAAGGUUCAUUUGAAUGGUUAAAUGGAGAUGCACUUGGAUGGACAGCAUGGGCGACAGGAGAGCCAAAUAAUAGCAUUCUACAAUCCGUUGAUGGACAAGACUGUGUACAAGUGUGGAAGAAGCGCACAUAUAAGUGGGAUGAUAACUACUGCCAUGCAAAACGUGGAUAUAUAUGCCAAACACUCAUUCCCGGUUGCUCCGUUUCCACAGAAGUAGCACCAAUCACAUUAAUGGACAGUUCUACUGAAUCAGUCACUACAUCCCAUAUAUCUACUGAAAAACCAACAACGACCAUUGUUACCACUUCUUCAGUCCCACCAACCACAGAUGAAGUUACAACAGAGCAAGUUAAUACACCGUAUAUGUCUACUGCAGAACCAUCAACGACCAUUGUCACCACAACUUCAAUCCAAUCAACUACAAAUACAGCCACAACUGAGCAAGUCACAACAGCAUACAUUUCUACUGAAGAACCAACGACGAGCAUUGCCGCCACUACUUCAGUCCCACCAACUACAAAUGUAGCAACAACUGAGCAAGUUGCCACUUCACAUAUUUCUACCGACGAACCAACAACGUCCAUCACCACUACUUCAGUCGCGCCAACUACAAAUGUAGUCACAGCUGGGCAAGUCACUACACCACAUAUUUCUACGGAAGAACAAAAAACAUCAGCCCAACCAACUACAAAUGUAGCCACAACUGAGCCAGUAACUACACCGCAUAUUUCUACUGAAGAUCAAAAAACGACUAUCGUCACCACAGCACCAGCUCCACCAACUACAAAUAUAGCCACAACUCAGCCAGAGCCAGCACCGACCACUGGUUGUACUCCAUCAGGUCCACCAAUAACAACAGGUUUCCCGUAUAUUGACGUAAACUGUGAACGAUACCAUAUUAUCGCCAAUAAACACACGUGGCAUGCAUCUAAAGGUCAAUGUGAAGAUAUUGGUGGAGUCCUUGCCUCAAUAAAUACACAACCGAUUUUCAAGGCAGUACGUCAAUUUAUCAUGAAUGGUAAUUUUGAUAAUAGUAUCCGUGGUUAUUGGAUUGGACUUAAUGAUAUCACAACAGAAGGUUCAUUCGAAUGGUUGAAUGGAGACACCUUCGGAUGGACAGCAUGGGCUGCAGGACAACCAAAUGAUAACCACCAACAAAGUAGUAGUGGAGAAGACUGUGUACAAUUGUGGAAAAAGAAAUCCUACAAGUGGGAUGAUAAUUACUGCCAUAGAAAGUUAGGUUAUAUUUGCCAAACUGCCAUCCUCACUACACCCUAUAUUUCCACUGAACAACCGACAACUACCAUAGCCACUACUACGUCAGUCCCACCAACUACAAAUGUAAUAACAACUGAGCAAGUUACCACACAAGCCAUUUCCACUGAAGAACCAGUGACGACCAUUGUUUCUACUACUUCAGCACCAACUACAAAUGUAUUUACAACUGCGUCAGUUACCAAACAAGCCAUUUCCACUGAAGAACCAGUGACGACUAUUGUUUCUACUACUUCAGCACCAACUACAAAUAUAUUGACAACUGAGUCAGGAUGUAUUCGGUAUCAUGUGGUAUCAAGUAAGAAGACAUGGCAGCAAUCCAAGAGCGAAUGUGAAAACAUUGGCGGGGUGCUCGCGUCAUUGCAUACACAGGCUAUUUUCCAGGCUGUUCGUUCAUUUAUUUUGAAUGGUAAUUUUGAUGGUAAGGUGAAAGGUUAUUGGAUCGGCCUUAAUGAUCUUAAUAAUGAAGGUUCGUUUGAAUGGUUGAAUGGAGAGCCAUUCGACUGGACUAGGUGGGCGAAUAAACAACCGAACGACAAUAAUCAAGGCAGCUCUGGAGGUCAAGACUGCGUACAGUUAUGGAAAAAGACUAGUUACACAUGGGACGAUAACUCCUGCCACCAGAAGCGAGGAUACGUAUGUCAGACUUCCAUUUCAACUUGUCCUGAUGAGAUUAUACAGGGAUAG